AUGCUCUCAAAAAGCAAACCGAAGGAGGGUGCCUCCUCCCGGAAGGUCACGCCACCUUCUCCGUCCUACAUGAAUAACGAACAGUUCGCUGCCUAUUUGGCAAAUCUGCGCAACAAUCGCGUCAACAGGCCCGGCGGUGCGAGGCCACAACCCCCUCAGGACUCCGGCCGUUCGUCUAUGGGUGGCCGAUCUUCUCUGGGUGGUCGACCUUCGCUGGGUGGCCGAUCCUCUCUAGGUCCCCAAGGCCUAUCCGAUACAUCUUCACUUCACCAAAGGACACACUCAGAUGCGCCCGUGUCAAGUCGUCCGUCCAUCGCUGGAAGCGCCUCGUCAAGGUACUCGAUGAUGAGCCUGGGAAGAGAUUACGUUCCCGAGCGUCCUGCGAAGCCGUUGAAGCCGUCCGAAGUUGUACCCACUGCGAGAUACAUGGAGCGUGGCCAGCGGUGGAUGGAGAAGGAAGAGGCCGUCUCCCUCCGCCAGGCUAUGGACGACAUGGACUUGAGAGACGAAGUCCCAAACGACAAAGUCGAAACCGAAGUCGAAGUUGAGGAUGAGGAAGAGGUGCGCAUCCGCAACGCUGCCCUCGAGGAAGCUGCGGAGCUAGUAUGGCAGCACCAGAAUCCUGGUAAAGUGCCAGAGCCAGGCGCACCCUACAGGUACACGCCGCAUCUUAGGAAGAACAGCUAUGCCCAUGCCCGGACAGCCAGUGUAGGCCUGUACGGGGAUGAUGUGGCCCCAACUGGUCUUGCGAGAGACCCGAUGUCGCGCUCGGUUUCCGGCAGUUCUACUGAGAGUGACCCCUUUGGGUCAACGAGAAGUCGGACAUCAUUCACUUCUUCCCGGAAGCAUUCUGGCACGUACGAACCGCGCCGGGAAAGUCUCGAGAAAUCACGGCAAGUCUCCACGGAGUCGAAGAGCACUAAGCCGUACAACGGAAUCUCCUCUUCUGGAUCAUUUGCGAUCAAGGGCGGACGUCGUCGAAGCAGCCUGAGGCGAAACAUCAGCGGGGAGGUCGAGAAACCGUUCUCGGGAGACCAUAUUUGGGAGGAGCCAGAAGGGCAGACACCUGACAAGACAAAAGCGAAAGCUCUAGAGGACAAGGGCCACGUCCAGCCAUUGCGGCUCAAGCCGAAAAAUCCACUGAACCGAGUGCAGUUCGCCCCCGAGGUGCCUGCAAAGGCCGACUCUCCUCCCCCUCCGCCUCCCAAGACGGUCUCCAAGUAUGAUAUCUAUCGCAACCCCCCAUCGCAGUCUCGCAAUCCACAAUACACGACGAAUUCCCGAUCUGAAUCCCCAGUCGACCAUGACUUGGUUCUUCGCAAGCAAGGGAUGGAGAUCCGCGGCGACGACAUCCGUCAAGCGACCAGCAUGCGGUUGAAGGACCGCAGCCCAAAGCUCCCCACCCCGUCAGCUGUCAGUGACAACCCCGGGCGACCAAUCGUAAGCUUUGACAGAUAUUGGAAGCCCCCAAAGGAGGCUGCUGAUGAGAAGCCAGAAGAGUCGAAAUUCGGAAGAGGUGGGCGUUCCUCCCCCUUCGUCCCCAACGGGGUCCUCGAGGAGCAGCAGCAACAGCAAGCGAAGAACAUUCCUGUUAUCUCUGUUUCGGAGGCUCGUACGCCCGCGGCACCGUCACCGGCGUCACGGAAUGCCCCCGCAGGUCCUCCCACUAUUCAAGUAGAUGGCCCGACGAUCCCCACAAUAGCUGUUUCCGACUCCACCCCUCCGAUCCCGAUGAUUUCCCUGCCCGAUGAUGCACCUAGCAUUCCCAUCAUCGUGACCCCCGACGACAACAACAACAACGACGAUUCUUCCUCCUCCGCUCCUCGGCCCCUCCCCACGCCGCAGCCCGGGGCCUCCCGCUCACGGGCAUCCGCACGUCCACGGGGCCACUGGUCACCGGCGCCAGCCCCAGCCGGCAGCCGCGCCACGGCGUGCUGCCACGAGUGCUCGCGGCCGAUCGAAGGGCGCUUCGUCGCCCUGGGCGGCAACUCGGAGCGCUUCCACCCGCAGUGCUUCACGUGCUACUCGUGCGGCACCCCGCUAGAGGCGCUCGAGAUCUCCCCGGAGCCCGAUCCGCACCGGGCCGCCCGACUGGACCGCAUCGCGCGGCGGGCGGCGGGCGAGGUCCUUGCGGAGGAGCCGGGCCAGACGAUGGGCGAGGACGGUGACGCGCGCCUGCGCUUCUACUGCCACCUCGACUGGCACGAGCUGUUCGCGCCGCGGUGCAAGCACUGCCGGACGCCGAUCCUGGGCGAGCACGUGGUGGCGCUGGGCGCGCACUGGCACCACGGCCACUUCUUCUGCGCCGAGUGUGGCGACCCGUUCGAGCGCGGCGCCACGCACAUCGAGAAGGACGGCUACGCCUGGUGCGUCGCCUGCCAGACCAGGCGGACCGAGAGGCGCGCGCCCAAGUGCAAGGGGUGCCGCCAGGCCGUCAUCGGCCAGUACGUCCAGGCCCUCGGCGGCGAGUGGCACGACGCGUGCUUCCGCUGCGCCAUCUGCGGUGGUGGCUUCGACGAUGGGCAGAUCUUCCCCAUGGAGGGGAGGGGGGCGCCGGGUGAGACGGUCGUGCUGUGUACGGGGUGUAGGGAGAGGGAGCUCAAGGCUUGA